AUGUUCUGCAAUGUUCUUCUGUGUGAAGACAACAAGAAAUUAAACCAGUCCAAUCGCUUAAUAUUUCAAAUGCAUUUCAACAUUCUUUCAUGUUUGGUGGGUUUGAGUCUUUCCACUUUUGCAGCAGCACAACGUAGCUUUACAGUCCCUGUCAAUUAUGACAAUGAAAUUACAGUAUCCUACUAUUUUCGUGAGAACAAUGAUUUGGUUAGCGUGAGUGCCACUGAUGAAGGUCUCCAAGUUUCAGUGAAUGCUAACGAUGCAGAUAUUUGUAACAUUCUAUCAUCAGGUAUGGUUAUUUAUGCUCCUGGUGGCCAGGAGAAUACUUUGUUAUCAUGGAAUCAAUAUAAUGUCUUCCAUUUAGUCGGACCUGAUGGUCAACCAUUGCAGUGGAGUAGUACAAAUGCACAGAACUGUCCGUUCGGUUCUUCACAAGCAUCCUCUUCCGCUUCCUCCUCGGCACCUUCUACUUGGUCUUCCCCAAGUUCAAGUUCUGUGUUCAGCGGUUCCUCUGCCACCGUCAGCCCCUCGAGCUUAUUCGUUAGCUCUUCAAGCUCCGCCCCCAGCUCAAGCUCUAGUGCUAUUCCUUCGAGCUCUGCUUCCAGCUCAAGUUCUGUUCCCAGCUCAAGCUCUGCACCUAGCCCAUCAGGCUCCUCAAGCUCUGCCCCAAGCUCAAGCUCUGUCGCUAGCCCUUCUAGUUCGUCUUCUGACUCUAGUUCCAGCACUCCUAUCCCUGGUUCUACCACCAGUUCUAGCCCUUCUAGUACAAUUACAUCAGCACCUGGCAGUUCUAACGGUGGUUCUUCACCAACCUUUACCAGGGAUGGUGUCCACACCAUCGCUAGUGAAUACACAGUUACUUCCGAUGGUCAAGUCUACAUUUACACCAAGUGGUAUGUGGUCUCUGCAAGCUUAGGUCCAUCUACCACUUCUGUAAGCACUUUGAGACCACUCAAUCCAACUCUGGACAUUGCUGCUUUAACCGCAGCAGGUAACAAGCGUCACCAAACACAGGCUCCAGCAACCGCUGUUGUCAAGAGAGCAGAGGGUAACAUGCCUGCACAAGGUGCUGGUGCCCGUAGCUUCCCAUCCAGCGUGCUGCUGUCUCUUGCUGUCCUAAUGGGUCUGUCAAUCUGUGUAUUCUAA